AACUUUUAGCCCAAAGAAUAAAAACUUUUAACAAAAGGACAGAGUGGAAAUUGUAAGGAGAUGACUGAGAGUUUUGUGAAGCUGGAAAAGAUUUGGAGAAGAAUUAAAUAUCUAAAGGUUUGAGAGAACAAAAAUAUUGGAUAAUUCUGGGCUUAUAAGCUUUGGAGAGAAUAAGCAGAUGGUGAUGUCAUAAUACACAUGAGAGGCAAAAGCUAUGGGGGUAUGUAGGCUUGCUUGGGUGGGUGAGUAGUUUUGAAAAUGCUAAAUUAAAGUCACCAUCUGUGGGACUCCAGGGGAACUACAUUAAGAAGGCAGUUGGAGAAAGUGGGCAGAAGGGACAUAACUCCGUUGCAUAGGUAUCAGGAAGAUGGCAGCAGAUUUCCUUCUGAGAUUUGAAGAAACAAGAACCAUGACAGUUUGCAAAUAUUGAAAACAAAAACAAAAGAAAACAAAAACACUUGGGAAUUAGAAUAGAAGGAAAGUACAGACCUGGAGAAAAGGGGUGUGGAAAUAAGAGGCAAGGUAGGACCUCUGCAGACUUCACCUAAUAUCCCAAGGUUUUUCGCUCCUUGUUGAAAGUAAUACGGUAAAGUCCGGAGGCUCUGAAUGCAUAUUGAGCUUCACUGUAGCUGGAUUGUUUAGAGUAAACCUGAUCUUCAUGCCUGUGUCUUUUCUGUCAACUAAUCAUAUUCUCUAGAGAAGACUUCACAUAUGCCUAGAAAGUAAAGACCAGGCUGACUAAAGACUUCUGGUAGUCUACAGGAAGAAUCAGCAGCAAUGCAGCAAGUCUUGGAAAACCUUACGGAGCUGCCCUCAUCUACAGGAGCAGAAGAAAUAGACCUAAUUUUCCUCAAGGGGAUUAUGGAGAAUCCUAUUGUAAAAUCACUUGCUAAGGCUCAUGAGAGGCUUGAAGAUUCAAAACUAGAAGCUGUCAGUGAUAAUAACUUGGAAUUAGUUAAUGAAAUUCUUGAAGAUAUCACUCCCCUAAUAAAUGUGGAUGAAAAUGUGGCAGAACUGGUUGGUAUACUCAAAGAGCCUCACUUCCAGUCACUCUUGGAAGCCCAUGAUAUUGUGGCAUCAAAGUGUUAUGAUUCACCUCCGUCAAGCCCAGAAAUGAAUAAUUCUUCUCUCAAUAAUCAGUUAUUACCAGUAGAUGCCAUUCGUAUUCUUGGAAUUCACAAAAGAGCUGGAGAGCCAUUGGGUGUAACGUUCAGGGUUGAAAAUAAUGAUCUGGUAAUUGCCCGAAUCCUUCAUGGAGGAAUGAUAGAUCGACAAGGUCUGCUUCAUGUGGGAGAUAUCAUCAAAGAAGUCAAUGGCCAUGAGGUUGGAAACAACCCAAAGGAAUUACAGGAAUUACUGAAAAAUAUUAGUGGAAGUGUCACCCUAAAAAUUUUACCAAGUUAUAGAGAUACCAUUACUCCUCAACAGAGUUACAUCAACAUGGAGAGGCAUCCAGCACACAUGCGUCAGGUAUUUGUAAAGUGUCAUUUUGAUUAUAACCCAUACAAUGAUAACCUGAUACCCUGCAAAGAAGCAGGAUUGAAGUUUUCCAAAGGAGAAAUUCUUCAGAUUGUAAAUAGAGAAGAUCCAAACUGGUGGCAGGCUAGCCAUGUGAAAGAGGGAGGAAGCGCUGGUCUCAUUCCAAGCCAAUUCCUGGAAGAGAAGAGAAAGGCAUUUGUUAGAAGAGACUGGGACAAUUCAGGACCUUUUUGUGGAACUAUAAGUAGCAAAAAAAAGAAAAAAAUGAUGUAUCUCACAACCAGAAAUGCAGAAUUUGAUCGUCAUGAAAUUCAGAUAUACGAGGAAGUAGCUAAAAUGCCUCCGUUCCAGAGAAAAACGCUAGUAUUAAUAGGAGCUCAAGGUGUGGGCCGAAGAAGUUUGAAAAACAGGUUCAUAGUACUGAAUCCCACUAGAUUUGGAACUACAGUGCCAUUUACUUCACGGAAGCCACGGGAAGAUGAAAAAGAUGGCCAAGCAUAUAAAUUUGUGUCACGAUCAGAGAUGGAAGCAGAUAUUAAAGCUGGAAAGUAUUUGGAGCAUGGGGAAUAUGAAGGAAACCUCUAUGGAACCAAGAUCGACUCUAUUCUUGAAGUUGUCCAGACCGGAAGAACUUGCAUUUUGGAUGUCAACCCACAAGCACUGAAAGUGUUGAGGACGUCCGAAUUCAUGCCCUAUGUGGUAUUUAUUGCGGCUCCAGAGCUAGAGACGCUGCGUGCCAUGCACAAAGCUGUUGUUGAUGCAGGAAUCACUACCAAGCUUUUGACGGACUCUGACUUGAAGAAAACCGUGGAUGAAAGUGCACGGAUUCAGAGAGCAUACAACCACUAUUUUGAUUUGAUCAUUGUAAACGACAAUCUCGACAAAGCCUUUGAGAAACUACAAACUGCCACAGAAAAACUAAGAAUGGAACCACAGUGGGUCCCAAUCAGCUGGGUUUACUGAUGAUUCAAUAAGGUUAACAAUUAAAUAAAACUUUUAAAAAGUGACUCAACAAAUAAAAAUCUUGUACUGAGAAAGUACAUGCACAGAUAGAAGAUACCUGCCAAAUCUAGGCAUUUUUAUUGUGUAGAUUGAGAAACAGUACACUAUUCUGAAUUUUUAUAUAAAAUGUGGUUGAAAGGUGUACUAAUAUAUAAUUUAUCUUAAUUUUUCUAACUUUCUAUGGAUAAUCUUUCUAUUCAUAUCAUAAAGAAAUGCGUUGAAGCAUUUUGUAUAUGUUUUAAUUUAGUACCCUUGCCUUUUUCAUCAAAGGAAUUUUCCAGUCAUUCACACUAACAUUGGUCUCACAUUUUCACUGUGAUAAUGAAUACUUGAAAUAGUUUUGUAAAGCUGUUGUUCAGUUCGGUAUUUAACUAGUGAAGGGUCACUUACUCUAAUUAGAAGAAAAUAGUAGUUAUUGACCUACCUUCUUGAUCAAAUUUCUUACAGAAACAAAAUCUUAAUGUCAGUGUCAGUUAGUCUUCUACCAUUUAAAGACUUGAACAUCAGAAGUCUGUUCAAGGCCACGUAUUUUUCAUUAUUUCAGAGAUGUAUGGCUAUCCAUUCUAAUUUGUACAAAUAGAAUAGUCUUUUCAUUUCUGUCGUUAAUGGAAAAAUGAAGAGCAAUACCUUGCACUCUCCUAUGAGGUUCUUCUUUUCAUUUAUUGCUGUGACAUGCUGAUGCUAACUAAUUUAGCAUAUACACAUAAGCUUGGGCUAGAAGCAAGGUCAUGCAGACUAAGAGAGUGCCUUAUCCUGUAAAACCUUACACAAAAUGAUGCUUAAAGAAAGUUUAUUUAUUUUACAUGUAAAACUUAUUUGAACCAAUUACUUUAGUUUUCCUUAAAGAAUAUGGUCAGCAAAAUAUGGCUCUGCAAAUUUCUGUAAUGUUUGACAAUUUAAGUUUGCAGUUAGUAGUUUUUUGGAGUUUUAUUUUUUGUGAAUGAUCAUCGUGCUUUUUGAAAUACAUGAUCAAUAGAGUACUUGUUCUAUUUGUUGCAUCAAAGAUCGAAUCCAAGCCAGACACAGUGGGACACACCUGUAAUCCCAGCAGCUCUGGAGGCUGAAGCUGAAAGAUCAAAGCCAGCCUCAGCAACAUCGAGGCACUAGGCAACUCAGUGAGACCUUGUCUCUAAAUAAAAUACUGAAAAAAAAAAAGAUUGAAUCCACUGAAUAAUUUACAAAAUUUGAGAGUAACUAUCAGCUGUCAUGUACACACACACAAUACAUAUGUAUAAUAUUACAUAUACUAUGUACUAUGUAUGUUAAGUAAUUUUUAUAUUUUUUUAUAUUUCUCUUAGGAAACAGACUUUUUUUGUUUAAUGAUUAGGAAAAAUGUCCUCUUUAAAUGCAUUGACAUAAUACACAAAUUUCCACAUUCAUCUCUGUAAUAUCUUCUUCAGGAUUCUUGGAUGGUAUAAAUUCUUCCUAAAACAUAUUCAGAUAUGCAGCCAUCACUAAACUAAGUUAACCAUAUUCUAUGUUACUGCUAACUUUUCAUAUAUACAAUAUUCACACUUUUAAGGGUUUGGUGCUUAACUAUUGAUGAUCAUCUUUGUCUAGUGGCCUCAGACACCUGGCUGCUGAAUGUGUUUCUCCCCUCAUCCAAGCUGUCACAUGGAGUGCCAGCUGGUAAGAAAAAAUAUAUGGCAAUAAAUAGUAUUCACACCGUGUUUUAAAUCAUUUUCACAAUGAAAUGAUAUACCCAAAUUGCUGUAUUAUUAAAAUUGGAAAGCUAUAGAUUUUUUAAAGUUCUAAUUCCAGAAUCACAUAGCUGGUUCAUAAAUUUGUUUUUCUUUUAAGCAACAUGAAUCAAACGCACAGUAUCAAGUUGGUGUCCUGUGACUUAAUGUUUUAACACACUGUAAAGUAUAAGAGAAAUUUCAGUUCUGCACUCUCAGGAAAUGCACAGUAUUAUCCAGUGUACCUUCAUGCUGCUCCAUGAGGCCUAUCUAAACAGCUGUGGGAUAACUCUAGCAGCACAGGAGUUUGUCCACAAAAUAUUUCUACCUUCUUGGUACAACAGAGAUGACUUUCACAUAUAUAUUUUUAGCCUUGUGUGAUAUAAAAAUGCAUAUUAUCUGGAAUAUAGUCUAUACUUAAAGAAAUUAUUUCUAUAAUAAAUGUAUUUAUAAUUGAUUACAUAAUUAAUGCACAUUAUGUUCCUCCUAAUAUGGAAUGAAAUAAUACAAUUUAAUUCAUUUCAGCAUAGAUGCAAAUGCUGAAGAAAAAUAAAUUCAGAAAAGUUCAUUGUAUCUCAGUGACGAGUAACCAAACUUGAAACCCAAACAAACUAACAGUGCUGUUCUGAGGCAAAGAGGCCCAGAGAUUCUACCCUGGAUUCUUCCUAGAUAAUGUGAUCAAAGAAUUGUGUACAAGAUAAUAGACUUUUUUUCUGAAAGCUUUACUGAAAAGAAAAUGAUUUACAAUGAUAUUGAACAAUUAUAAUUGAUACAGUACACACACACACACACACACACACACACAGGUGCUUUGGAGAUACAUGGCGUGCUGAUACAUGAAUGCAAAUGAGGGUUGCUUAUGGACUGUGAGUGUCCACAUUCAGCAUUCAAGGCAUGACUAUUUAUAGACAUUAAAGGUUAUAUAUUUUCAAAUGUUUAAAUGCCCAUAGAAGUCAAGUCCCUGAAUAAGUCAUUUAACUAGUGCUACUGGAGUAUGCUUUAUACCCUAUAAGUAGAAUUUUCACUUUCAUUACAGGUAUGAUUGUAUUAGGCAAUCUCCAUUUUUAUUUGAUAUUUAUAUAAUAUCAAAUGUCAAAUACAUCAGGGGUUUUUUUUUGUGGCCAACUUUGUAUAAUUGCUGACCAUAGUUCUAAAAUAGAAAUUGUUUCAGAAAACCAGUAUUACUAUAGCAAUAGUAGCCUAAACCCCAGAUUCUAGAAUCUAGUAUAAUAGCCUAUAAGGACAGUUACCUUUAAAACAGCAGAUUGGUUAUUAAAACAAAUUUAGAAAAUAAUCCAAAGUUAUACUCAAUACAAAAAAAUAUAACCCAAAUUAGCAAUAAAAGCCAAUAGCAUGACAUUACAGAUACUGUUUUGGCCAUAAUAUCCUAAUGACAAUAAAGCACUUAUAUAUAUAUAUAUAUAACACAUGUCAUGAUCCUGUGAUUGAUUUUUAAGAUGGAUAGCCAGAGUUAGGUAUAAUUUUGGAUUUACAAAUUCAAAAUGAAAAAGCUUUGAAAAUUGGUCAAAAUAAUAAUCUACUUAAAUUUUUUGUGACUUCUGAAACAAUACUCCAUUAUUCAGAAAUCACAGGCUAGAUAGAACAAUAAUUUUACAUUAUCUUUAUACUAAAUAUGGAAAAGGCAACCCUGAAGUUUUACAUACAUAGAUCUUUUUUUUUAAUGUUUGAGUUGUCAUGUGUGUAUAUACCUCUGUGUUUAAUAUGUGAUAUCCUCUCAAAACAUACAAUUAAUAAAACCAAAUAUACUCACCAAUUUA